AGGUAGAGCGACAUGCUAGUGAAGGAGUCAAUAAGAUUCUUAUUGGGAAUAAAUGUGAUAAGAUCGAAAAUAGGGUAAUCACUAAAGAACAAGGACAAGCGCUCGCAGAUGAGUUCAAAAUAAAAUUUUUUGAAACUAGUGCCAAGUCUAACAUAAACGUUGAUGAGGCAUUCUUUACUUUGGUCAG